AUGCCGCGAUACAGCGUGAGCUGCACGGUUCACGAGGCGCUACUGCCUCAACAACCGGGCGGCACGCCGGUGGAUCCGCUCGUGGUCAUGCGCUGCUUCGGUUCAGAGCGCACGACCACCGUGAAGAGCGGCAAGACGACAGUAGCAUGCUGGGAUGAGAGUUUCAACUGGUCCAACUUUGAGCUGUCGCAGUCUGCGUGGAAUGUCGGAGUCCUGGAGUUUGAGCUGCAGGCUGCCAAUGCCUUUUGGCGCAACUCCACGCUGGGUAUGGGCGCACUGCAGCUACGUUUGGUCUGUGCCACCAGAGAUGGCUCAUACGUGGGCCAGCUGCCGCUGACUGCCCCCAACUCCGUGCGUGUGAUUGGGAAGCUUUCGGUAACUGUCAAUGUUUGUGACUCGCUGCGCGUCGGCGGUGGUACCACAGCACCGCUUCCGUUGCCGGCUACCGAUGCAGAAUCGAAUACAGAUGAACGCACUUCGUUGCAUGUGCCGCCGCUACUGAGCCCUGCAGUGUACAGGAGCGCCAUCUUGGAUAUGUCCAACGAGGAGUAUAAUUACUACCAUCUGUACAUCAACAUCUACACUUUGGAGCAUGUAGAGGUUGGAAUGUUUGCUGGCAGCCCCUCGGUCACUGUGGAGUACGGCGGCUGUCGACUGCAAUCGACAAAGCCGAUACGUUCGCGCUGCGAGGGUUCCAGUACUGGGGGUGGCGGUAUAUCUGGCAUCAUAUCUGGCUUCUUCUCUUCGUCUGAUGACAGUGGGUUUCGUGACCGCUCCAAUUUUGCGUUCAACCAGUGCUUCUUGGUGCCGAUACGCACGGCUGUAGGCAAAUCCAUUCUGGAGGAUAAUAUCGUAGUGCGGGUGUGGAUGGGCAUGGAACUCAACGCCAACCUUUCAUCUACCGAUCGGCCGGCGAUAGCGCCCAAGAUGCUGGCGGAGGGCGUGUUCUCACUAGCAAAGCUGCGAUCGCGUCGGCAGCCUCCGCGGUGGUUCAACUUCUACGCAGGGACGGCGGGCUCUAGGCGUCGCGAUGAAGUGCGCAAUAACUACGUGAGUAAAACAGAUGGGAAGGAUCCGGAUAGGGAUAACGCAUUUCAAAAUAGGAGUCGUGGUGCCGGCAGCGACGUUUACCGCAGCCACGACAGCAUCGGUAGUGCUAGUACCUCCGACUCGCUUGUGGAUGGCACGCCUGGCGGCAGCGAUAACACGUUCGACGACCGCGAUGACCACUAUAUCGGCCGGAUGCUGAUGAGCGCAAGCGUCAAGCGGUUGGCGAAGCCUAGCGACGUUCUGGUUGCCCACGUACAGGCGUGCCACCCUUUGGAGGCUCCAGUGGUCAACCCAACCAGGCUCUUUGGGGACGCCUACUGCAUUGAGUCGCGUUGCACCUUCGGUUUCGAAGGUGACUUCGAAAUCAUGCUAGAGAUAUCGUGCGGACCUCACGAGACUCGUUCGGAGUGGCUGCCUGCCCAAAGGCGGUUGGCUACCGGUGGCACUUAUGCUGAGGAACUAGGCAUAUUCGGCAGCAAUACAGACUCCGGCCUCAAGCGGCGCGUAUCUCGAAGUGGUUGGAAGGUCACGCUGAAUUCUAUGAAUGGACGGUUGGCGCCUAUCGACCUUUUGGUCUCCCACACUGCGGAGGAGCAGUGGCUAGUCUUCGUGCGAAUUAAUGCACGAGGCACUGUUUCCGGUCGCCUUCAGCACCGAGUGAUUGGCUGUGCCAGUUUCCCGUUCGACCACAUACCGGAGCACUCUUCAAAGGUACAGGUCAUGCCGCUGUGGAUCCCUCUUUGCUGCCCCGGCUCCACGUCGACAAUUACGUCCGCAGACAGCUCCUCGAUUGGGUUCACAGACCCCACCGGGAUUGUUGACGCCGUUUCGUCUAUCAAAGCGGAGGAUAUUAUCGACCAAGCUGCCGCAUUAGAUCCUACUGGGUUGAUCGGCGCGGCUGCCAAUGAGGUCUUAGGUCGUCAGGCUAUAUUACCAAAAUCAUAUCAGGAAGCAGUAUCGGCUGCAAAAAGCGUCAAAGUACCGCCUCCCGGCAAUAGCCAUCAUGUAGAUAUAUUUGGAAGCUCUAUAUCCGGUAUACCAGGUCGAAAUGGCCCCCAAAAAGGCACAACAUCGCAAAACAAUGCCAUCGAACAGUGGAUCGCAUCCAGGCGACCAUCGCAAGACAAGAAUCGCUCAACAUCUGACGCUGGACAUGUGACGCAUAAAAUGCGGUCCUUGGAGAGACCAAACACACAAAAAACGGUUACAAUGGGCACAAGAAGGGACAGUACAUUGCGGAACAAAUCUACAAGCGAUCAGUCGGACGCUCGGGAGCCCACAGAUGACGCCAAUGGGCCAACCCGCGGUGAUAUGUGCGACCCCGGGGCAACCGUCAAUGUGCUUAUGACCCUACAUAAGCAUUCAUUCUACACGAGCAUGUCUCGCAGCAUCGGGGUUGGAAACGACAUCCGCACUGCGUCACGCCCGCGCAUGGUGUCGAUGCUGAAGCAGGACUACGAGCUCCGUUGUUACGUCUACUGCGCGCAUCUGAGCACAGCACCGCACUCAGGCGUCGCAGUCAUGGUAUCGUGUGACUGCGGAGUCGCAGUUACGCGGGUGCAGCGUAACUUCACGCGCUUUCCCGUCUUCUCGGAGUGCUGCACCAUACCGGUGGAGGUGCCCACGUUGACCUCAAGCAGGAUGGUGCCUCCGCCUCCCAUCACCGUUUCACUACUGUUCUUCGACAGGCGGCGGAAAUUGUUAAGGAUUGAGUCUGCGGUGACCGUGUACAACAGGUUGGUCAAGUCGGCAUCUGGUCAUGCGGAGGCAAAAGACACUGCCACCCCAACGUGGCUGCACCUGUCUGGUGGCAGCAAGGUUGUCAUGUUCACGGAGCUAGUGGUGAGCCAGGAUGCGCCCAAGGUGGCCAAGCGUCAAAUGGCGCAUUUAACCACCCGAUGCGUGGUUACCCUCGGCUUGAUGGGAUUGCGGCAGCUGAUGGUUGGCGCCAUAUACCCGCUGGACGGGCUACUCCUGAGGCUCACAUCGCAGUCUUACGGAGCCAACGUGGAGUGCGAGCAGAUAUUCGAGCGGCAGUGCCCUCUCGGUCAAUCCAAGUGGGAACGUGGAGGCCGGCUGAAUGUAGACCUGUUCACGGUCCUGGAAGGAUCCUUCCACAUACCCAUUGACCCUUUGUUCGAUCCACAUGUCGAAUUCUAUUGCUACGCGAUGUCAGGCGGUGCAAUUGGUAAACUGAUUGGUUACCAGAGCUUCCGGUGCUACGCAGGCUCGGGGGGAACGGUAAUCGAACCGGAGUUGCCCAUGGCAUUAGAUAUGCGUUGCGCGCUAAUCCCGCGGAGAAUGACAAGGCUGUUGGACGAUCUGGCGCUGCGGUCUUCGCAUGACGUGUUGAACUUGCAGGACACCUGCCCUCUGGGCGGCGCCACACGGCCUCUGGAUGGAGUACCGCCUGUGAUCUGCGAUUUCGAGUCGUCGCGUGCGUACGCAAGACUUCUACGGUCAAUGACAUUCGAACGCGUUGGUAUGCAGGUACCGCCCCGUUUUGUCGUGGCGUGUGAUGGAAAGGAAGCGGAAGCUGGUGCUGCCUCAGCAUCGGUUGGAGGAUCCGCCGAGUACCUCGACGCUGUUCUCCGCGACAUACCGUUCACCGUGAAAUCUAUUCAUCCGGUGACCCCCGUUGGCAGCCGCGUAAUCGAUGGAAAGGCUGCGAACCAUGGCUUCAUGGAGAACGUCACGAUGAAGUACUUCCUUACGGUCCGGCAUGCCAAGGAGGGGCAGGUGCAACGGUCGUACCCGGAGGCACUAUCGGGGGUGGCAACCAGCGCCUCGAAGAUGCUACGUGUUUUCAGAGGUGGGCUGCGCAAUGCGUUGCAUAAGCUGCGUUUCUGUGUCGUGGCCGCCAUCAACACGGUGCCCGACUGCGACGCGCUGGGGUCGCUGUCUCUGCUGGUUGAGAUCGGCAAGUCCGAGUCCCGCGAGCCUUUGUCCUGCGAUCGCAGCGCCAUCUCCAAAGAGGUCCACCGCACCUGGGAGCAGGAAAUAUUUCUGCCGGAGGACAGCGUGAUCCGCCUGCGCGUGGUCAACUCCUUCGAGCGCCUCGACAACAGCCUGGAAGACGAGUUGAUCGCCUCGGCGCAAAUCGACCUGGAGAACCGGUGGUACAGCAAAGUGUGGCAGCGCAUGCUGCGCAACGACAUGGUCCCGGUUGAGCGUGUGCUUCUGCGCGACCGGAACAACAACGUGCAUGGAUCCCUGGAUGUCAUCGUGCAACUGGGGCCCAUUGAGCUGUUCUCCACACUGCGUCCACUCUCGUUCGCCAAGAGCUCGCCGUCGGUGGCCGAGCUGCGUGUGGUGGUUUGGUCGACUUCCGGUGUUCGCCUGGCGGCGACGCCUGAGGAUGCCCGCAAGAAGGACCAGCUGGAUCUGUACGUCGUCUCCACGCUGGACUGCCAAGGCUACCGCGGCGAGUGUGCGCUGGAACAGCGCACCGACAUUCACUACAAUUGCGAUUCUGGCGCGAGCCAGUUCAACUGGCGACUCGUAUAUCCGGAAAUACACUCGCCCGUGGGAGCAUGCCAGCUGCAACUAGCGGUGUUCGACUUUUGGAAGGUGGGACCACCGACAUUUGUGGGAGAAGCGACCUUGGAGCUACGUCAGUACGUGGAGAUUGUAUCGGCGACGUCCACACGUGUGGAGCUGUCUGGAAACCUGCCGCUGGUGCACUCGUCAAGCUCCCGUCCCGUCGGCAGCCUGAAAGUGACUGUUCAGGUGAUGACCCAGGCCGAGGCGUCAUGCAGUCCGGUAGGACUAGGUCGAAGUCAGCCGAACUGCAAGCCCUUCCUGCCCACCCCGCGUGAGGGUCGGCAGUGGAACGACUGGUUCGCCCACACGUCGCUCGGGUUCGACUUCGGCGCGCUGUCUUUAUAUGUGAGUUUAUAUUACGAAAAUGUUAUGUCGCUAUCAGAUUAA